AUGGCUGCUUCAGGAACAAUCCUCCUUACAUUAGCAACAGUCCUCCUAAACGUGGCCAGAUGUCAGGGGAGUAUGGGAAAAGGAAAGGACAGCUCACCACUGAGGUUCACACACCAUCUUUACAACGCCACUAUCAAUGAGAACUCUGCCCCACGGACGUACGUUGAGACGUCGGUGAAGAUGGGCAUUGAAGUCACAGAUCUGCUCUGGGAAAUCACAUAUAAUGUUGUCUCAGGGGACGAAGACAGCCUUUUCCAAGCAGAAGCCGUCAAAGUUGGAGAUUUUAGCUUCCUCAGGAUCAAAACACGCAGCAGUAACUCAGCUCUCCUCAACAGGGAGGUUAGAGACACUUAUACUCUCACCAUAGAGGCCACAGAAAGCACUUUUGACUUGCAGUCGAAGACAAAGGUGUUUGUCCAGGUGCUUGACACAAACGACCUAAAGCCCCUCUUCUACCCUGCCUCUUACAACUUGGCUAUCAGUGAAGACACUCCCCUUAAGUCAAGUGUGCUCAGGGUUAGUGCUACAGACGCUGACAUUGGAAGCAACGCUGAGUUUUAUUAUUCAUUCACCAUCAGAGCUCAUCCUUUUAUCGUCGACCCUUUCACAGGCACAGUCAGUCUCAUCAAGAGGCUCAACUACACCCGGACAGAGAGAUAUGACCUGACCAUCUUAGCAGAGGACAGGACAAAGAAAAUAUCUGGUGUCCAGAAAUUCGGUAAUGUUGCAAGGGUCACAGUAAAUGUACAAAAGAUGUCUUCCGGCUCUCCAGUUAUCACGCCUCCUCCCAAACCAAUAGUUUCUGCAGGCGGCAAAAUAACUAUCAAUGUCCAUGUGGAAGCAGGAGUUAAGCCUGUGGAAUCCCUUAAUAUUGUUGGAGGCGAUCCCCACAAGGGUUUUGAGAUUAUCCCCUUAGGUGUGCAGGGCAGUGACUUCCAAGUGAUCUCUACAAAGAAGAUUAGCUGGUCUCAAACCCCUUUUGGGCUGAAUUUGUCCCUUCAAGCUAAAGACAGGAGCCACCCAAGUUUACUCUCUCCAAUUACGCUAAUCCACGUUCCAGCGUAUCAUUACAGCCCACUGGCAUUUUUGGAAGACACGUAUAUUGUCACACUGAGUGAGUUUUCCCCCCUUAAAACUCAUGUCUUGAAGGUUUCUGUCAACCCAGUCCCUUAUAAUGUUACUUUUAGUAUCAAAAAUAAUCCAGACAGUGAUAAUUUCAAGAUAAAUCCCAAAACAGGGAUCAUCAUAACCACCGGGAAAUUUGAUUAUGAGAGUAAAGAUCGAUAUGAGUUUGAUGUAAUGGCCAAUCAUGGCGAAGCGGAGACUCACAUAGUGGUCGAAAUAACAGAUGAAAAUGACAACAGCCCACAGUUCACACUGAGCUCCUAUCAGGCCACGCUGGAUGAAAACACCCCUGUUGGCAGCAGUGUUUUGAAGGUAGCAGCCACAGACAAAGAUAAAGGGAAAAAUGGCUUUGUGACUUACGCCAUUGCCAACUCAGGCCCCUUUCCUUUCACAAUCGACCCGUUUACUGGUGUCAUCUCAACCUCUGAACACUUGGACUACGAGCUGAUGAAACGGCGGUACCACCUGAGAGUUUGGGCCUCUGACAGCGGCAGCCCUUUCAGUCAGGUCAGCGAAUGCCCCGUGACGAUAACCCUGAAUAACAUCAAUGAUAACAUCCCACUUUUUGAGAGGGUGGACUGCAAUUCCACCAUACCGCUAGAUUUACCUGUUGGGCAAACAAUCGUUGAACUGUCAGCCAUCGAUUUAGAUGAGCUGCAACAGCUGAGGUUUGUCAUCGAGUCGGGGAAUGAGCUCCAAGUAUUUGAUAUUGACUCAGUGUCAGGAGCUGUCACCCUUAAGGAACCGAUCCCCCGGAGAGAGGGUUCAUUCAAUUUGAGAGUUGUAGCUACAGAUGGCAAGCAUCACUCCGAAUCUUCAGUUGUCAGGGUAACUGUCACUAACAAAGGUGAUGAACCAACCCUCCACUGCCGGGAAACAGGCAUUUUCAAACAGCUUACUGAUAAACUGAUAGAGUCGAUCAAACCCAUUCUAAUCAACACAGAGGAAGACACAUUUUCCGAUAUUCACAUCACAAACCGUCAUUCUCCCAAAUUUGACCUGAGCAUCCCCGGUUCGAUUGAUCUCCCUGAAGACCAUCCGCUGAAUUCCACCAUUGUCCAGUUCAAGGCGACAGACAAUGACACAGGGUUUAACAGUAAGCUGGUGUACGCCAUAACUAGCGGGAAUGAGGAUGGCUGUUUCUCCAUUGACAUUUUCUCUGGUGACCUCCAGUUAGUCUGCCCUUUAGACAGGGAGAUUAAGGAGUUCUACAUUUUGAACAUCACUGUUUAUGAUUUGGGAACACCGCAAACUUCUGCAUGGAAGUUCAUCGCAGUGAAUGUCAUCGACGUCAACGACAACCCUCCAGUUUUUGAUCAGCCCAGGUAUGUGAUACGAAUCCCUGAAAACACAGAGGAGGACUCUAUUAUUUUUACAGCUCGUGCUUUGGAUCUGGACGCAGACACAAAUGGAAAUGUUCAAUACUCCCUGCUGACAUCUACUGACAUGUUCAAAAUUGAUGAAUUGACGGGUGAAGUGAGUGUGACGGGUGGUUUGGAUCGAGAAACCUCACCCAGGCAUGACCUCUGGAUCCAAGCCAGAGACCAAGCCAAACUCGGCCCACAGCUGUUCUCCACCGUUGACCUCGUGGUGGUUUUGCAAGAUGUGAAUGACAACCCACCAAAGUUUGCACCCAAGCUUUACAAAAUUAAAGUUCCAGAGGAUGUACCGGUGGGAACCCUCCUGGUCUGGGUGGAGAGUGUCGACUUAGAUCUGGGCAGUGGAGGUCUUGUCACCUACAACCUCAAGAACACAGAGGGUGGGAUCUUUCACCUCGACUCCUCCACGGGUGCUUUGACCCUUGAGAGGGAGCUGGACUUUGAGAGGCGUCCAGCUUACAACCUGACAGUCCGGGCUGUUGACCACGGCCUCCCUCGCUCCCUUUCAUCCUCCUGUUUUGUGGAGAUUGAGGUUCUGGAUGUCAACGAAAACCUCAACCGGCCGGUGUUCUCAGAGUUUGUGUAUGAUGCCGCAGUGAUGGAGGAUGCAGCGGUGGGGACAUCAGUGGUUACUGUCACAGCUUCAGACAAGGAUUUGGGCAGAGAUGGAGUCGUACGCUACCACAUAAAUGAAGGCUCUGGCCUAGGAGUGUUCACCAUUGAUGAGGAAACAGGUGUGAUUCGUACAACAGAGACGUUGGAUCGUGAGACGUUGCCUCACUACUGGCUUUCUGUCUACGCCACCGACCUGGGAACUGAGCCUUUGAUCUCCUGGACUCACAUCUACCUGGAGGUCUUGGACGUUAACGAUAACGCUCCAGAACUUUCCCAGCCGAUGUAUUUUGCGUCCGUCCAGGAGAACGUGGCCAAAGUCAAGUCUGUGGUUCAGGUUUCGGCCACAGACAUGGACACGUCCUCCGAUGGCAAGCUGUCCUUCCAGAUGCUGGAAUCUCAUCGGACAUACUUUGAUGUUGAUCCCAAAACAGGUGUUAUCAGCACUCUUUCAGCCUUGGAUCGGGAGGAUAAACCAGAGCACAGCAUCGAGGUCAUCGUCUCUGAUAACGGAUCUCCGUCGCUACGCUCCACCGCCACCGUCGUUAUCAAAGUCCUGGACGACAACGACAACCGCCCAAAGUUCACGGACAAACUUUUCCACGUUCGGUUGCCUGAACAGCGCCACCAGGCGGGCAAACGGGAAGUCUGCAGGAUGGUCGCCCGUGACGACGACGAGGGCCCGAACGCCGUGGUGACCUACAAGUUGCAGGACAACCACGAUGAGAGAUUUGAGAUCGACCCGGUGACUGGCGUGGUGACAUCGCUCAGUGAUUUCUGGCCCGGCAACUACAGUAUAAUCACAAUUAAAGCUACAGAUCAGGGCAGCCCGUCACGCUCUUCCACAGCGAGACUCGACAUCGAGUGGAUCGCCCGCCCGCCUCGCUCCACGGAGCCAAUCACGUUCGACGAGCCCCUCUUCACCUUCGCCGUGAUGGAAACGGAGCCCGUCACUCACAUGGUGGGCAUCAUCAUGACGGAGACGAAUCGACAGAGGUGGUUCGAUAUCGUGGGUGGCGAUGAGGAAAAGGACUUUGACAUCCAGAAGAAUUCAGGAACCAUCACCAUCGCCCGCCGGCUCGAUGCAGCUCGACGCUCCAACUACAACCUGACGGUGCGGGUCACUGACGGCCACCAUAAUGCCACCACACAGGCCUACAUCCGUGUGCUGGACAUGAAUGAGCAUCGCCCCGUCUUCCUGAAGCCGCUGUAUGAGGUGAGGGUUCCUGAGGAUACGUCCCCGUGGAAGGACAUCCUGCAGAUCAGCGCGCAGGACGCCGACACCAACAGUAAACUGGUGUACUCGAUCCACAGCAGCCUCCACCCGGCCAGCACCAAGUUCUUCCAUCUGGACCCAAAGAGCGGCGUCCUGGUGAUGACGGAGGAGCUGGACUAUGAGAUGAUCUCCACCCACACGCUCAUCGUUAUGGUACGAGACCAGGAGAUUCCAGUCAAGAGGAACUUUGUGAAAGUGGUGAUUCACGUGGAGGACUGUAACGACCACUCGCCAGCGUUCCUCAGCCCCCGCUACGAGGCCAGCAUCUCCAACCUGGCCCCUACAGGCUCCGAGGUCCUCCGGGUCAAGGCCCUGGACAAAGACAUGGGCAGCAAUGCCGACAUCACUUACUCACUGCACUCCGGUAAUAUCGACAACAUCUUCUCCAUAGAUCAAGAGUUUGGCUCCAUCAGUGUGUCCAAACCUUUAGACCUUCAACCUCAGGACCAGUUUCACUUAACAGUGAAGGCCACUGAUCAGGGCUUCCCUCAGCGCAGUGACCUCUGCUCCGUACACGUCCACAUCCGCAUCUCAGACCAAACAGCACCUGCCUUCCCUUUGGAUGAAUACUUAAAAGAAAUCAGCGAAUCAAGUGCUCUAGGAACAUCGGUGGUCACCAUAUCAGCCUCUAGCCCUGCUGCGGUGUAUUAUGGGAUAGAAAGUGGCAAUCCAGACGGGACAUUUCAUAUCAACCAAUACACUGGACUCAUUUCAAUCCAAAAGCAUCUUGAUUUUGAGAAAUGUGCCUCCUACAAGCUGAAAGUCACAGCUACCACCAUGGCAGGAGCUGUGUCCAAGACUAUUGUUUACAUCUAUGUGGUUGAUGAGAAUGAUAACCCUCCUGUCUUUCAGCAGAGGGACUACCUGGGCCAGAUUGGUGAGUCAGCUCACAUAAAUAGCAUGGUAAUGGGAGAAAGAAACACUCCUCUGGUCAUCCAGGCUUCAGAUGCUGACAGAGAGGCAAAUUCUCUAUUAGUUUAUCAGAUCCUCGAACGGGAGGCCCUGAAAGUCUUCAAGAUAGACUCAAGUAUGGGCACAAUCUCUUUAAUUUCACCCCUUGACUUUGAGGCUAAGGCUGAGUAUCACUUCACUGUGCAGGUAAAGGACUCUGGGGAGCCAUCGCUAUAUGCAGCAGAGCCUGCCACGGUCACCGUUCGCAUCCUUGACCUGAAUGACUGCCCGCCACAAUUCACCACCUCAAUGUACGAGCCAUCCAUCAUCUUCCCAGCUGUCAGAGAUACAGAAGUCGUGCGUGUCGUGGCCCAUGACGCCGACUCGGCAGUCUCAUACAGCAUCACUGAGGGGAAUUUUCACAAUGCCUUUUCAGUUCACCCCAAUACUGGAGUCAUCACUGUGAAAAAUGCGUCUGAAUUCAUGCCAUUAUACCAACUGGUUGUCAAAGCCUCUGAUGGCCUCUAUAAAGACUCUGCCAUCAUCAUGGUAAAUGUAACAAACAUAACAGCAAGUGAUCUUGGAUUUGAACAAGGAGUGUAUUCAGCAAGCGUUAUGGAAAACCUAAAGACAGUCAAAACUUUGACAGCAUUGAAAGUCACAGGCUGUUAUUUAAAUGAGCCUCUUUUGUAUUCUGUGGUAAAUCCAAUGGGGAGGUUUGUAAUAUCCCAAACAUCGGGCAUCCUUGAAACCACCGGUAUCCCUUUUGACAGAGAAGAACAAGAUGUUUAUGAUGUAGUGGUGAAGGUACAAGACAUGAGAACACCUCCUAGGACAGCUACCACACAGGUCAAGGUUUUUAUAGAUGAUGUCAAUGACAACUCUCCUCAGUUUCUAAACUUGCCUUUUUCAAUGAUGAUUACUGAAGACUCAGAACCAGGAGAUGUUUUGUAUCAAGCAACUGCCAUUGACAAAGAUCUGGGAGAAAAUGGAUCCAUCAUGUACUCUCUGGAGGAGGACUACGACCUCUUCAGGAUUGAUCCUGAUGUAGGCGAUGUAUCUCUUCAAAGGCCUUUGGAUUUUGAAGCUCUGAAUAAGUAUGUGUUGACAGUUAUGGCUACAGAUGAGGGUGAACCCAGUCACAGUUUCGUUGCACAGCUCAGUAUUCAAGUUAGAAACCGAACCAACCCAGUUUUCCAAACUCUUCUGUAUCCCCUGAAAGUCCCUGAAAACGUUCCUCCAUUCACCACCAUAUUACAUGUCCAGGCCAGAAAUCCAGAAGGCUAUCGGAUAAUCUACAAUCUCGAAGAGGAAAAUGCCUCAAAACACUUUCAUAUUGAUUUCAAAACUGGUGUGUUGACUGUCACCAACCCACUCGACUAUGAAAGCCAGACCAUGCAUGUGUUGACCGUUCGAGCAUCUGAUUCUGUGACCGGGACUUUUUCAGAAGCCUCAAUUGAAAUAGAGGUAGAAGAUGUAAAUGACAAUGCACCAAUUUUCUCAAAGCUAACGUAUGCUGUGAAACUUGAUGAGGGGCUUCCAAUCGGCACUUCUGUGAUGCAACUUUCUGCCUCUGAUAGGGACUCUGGCAGAAAUAAAGACUUGACGUUCCAGAUCUUGAGAACAGAGGGUAACGAGACUGAUUUCUUUGAGAUAGACCCUCAGAGUGGGUUGAUCGUCACAAAACAGGUGCUGGAUCAUGAAAGCAUAAAUCACUUUAACUUGAAAAUCAAAGUUGUUGACAAUGGGACUCUUCCCCUCAGCAGUGAGGCCUAUGUCUUUGUAAAUGUCACUGAUGUAAAUGACAAUCCACCAGACUUUGUCAGCACUGAAUACCAAGCCACACUGGAUGAAAUGGCAAAAUGUGGCCACAUAGUCAUCAAAAUCCAAGCCUCAGAUCCUGAUACAGGCGACCUGAAUAACCUUAAGUACAAAAUCCUCUCAGGGAAUGAAGGUCGAUACUUCAACAUCAAUGAAUCCUCAGGAAUCAUCUCUUUUUCUAAUGUCUGUAAAAGGAAUCUAGAUCCUUACUACAACCUGACAGUGGCAGUGUCUGACGGUGUUUUUCAGAAAACAGCACCGGUCAAUAUUGACAUGAUAAACAGCAACAGACAUAGCCCAUACUUCAAACAAAACAUUUACGAAGCAGAGUUGGCCGAAAACGCAGAAGCAGGAACUCGUGUGAUCCGAUUGGCUGCUAUUGACCCUGACGAUGGGCCAUAUGGCAGUGUCGACUACACCAUCAUCAACAAACUUGCAGAUGAAAAAUUUGCAAUCAGUACUGACGGACAGAUUGUUACAACACAACCACUAGACAGAGAAAACCCCAGCCAGAGAGUCAUCGCCAUUAAAGUGAUGGCAAAGGAUGGCGGCGGAAAAGUGGCCUUUUGCACGGUCAAGAUUAUUCUCACAGAUGAGAAUGACAACGUGCCUGAGUUCAAAGCAUCCGAGUACCAGGUUUCAAUCCAGUCAACUGUCAAUAAAGGCUCCCCUGUCAUUCAAAUCAUGGCUUAUGAUGCCGAUGAUGGCAAAAAUGCUGACAUCACCUACACUGUAGAUGAAGCUGAAGAGGUGACAGAAGAUGUUAUAGAGAUCAACCCUUUCACUGGAGUUGUGAGUGUCAAAGAGAGUCUUGUCGGCAUGGAGAACAAAAUCUUCAACUUCAAAGUCAAAGCUCGUGACGGUAGCCUUCCCUUCUACAACUCUACAGUCCCCGUUCAGGUCAAAGUUGUUCCUGCUGAGGUUCCUCUUCCGAAGUUCUCAGAGCCUCUUUACACCUUUUCAGCUGCAGAGGACAUUCCCAUAGGGACGGAAAUAGGCUCUGUGAAGGCGGACUCCGACAUGCCCCUCAUUUACAGCCUGGUGAACGGUAACACAAUUGAAAGCAAUAAAGACAAAGUCUUCAGCUUGGACAAAGAAAGUGGAACUUUGCUGCUGCAGAAGACCAUGGAUCAUGAAAAGACAAAGUGGUACCAGAUAGACGUGAUCGCUCAGGGGAACCACAAUGGGACAGAUGUGGCAUCACUGGUGUCUGUCAGCAUCCAGGUGCAGGAUGUGAACGACAACCAACCGGUAUUUGAUGCAAACCCAUACAGGGCCUUCCUGGCUGAGAACAUGCCUGCUGGAACCACAGUUAUCCAGGUGACUGCCAAUGACCCGGAUACAGACAGAAAUGGUAUUGUGACCUAUAUCUUGGAGUCGCUUCCUGACGACACCACGACGGACAUCAACGAACUGUUCACAAUCGAUGGGGAGAGCGGCUGGAUCACCACCAUUCAGGAGACGGACUGCGAGUCGACCCGGCUCUACAAGUUCAACGUGGUCGCCACGGACCACGGCGGCGACGUCAAGCUGUCAUCCAGCGUCCUGGUGGAGGUGACGGUUACGGACGAGAAUGACAACCCGCCAAAGUUCUCUGAUGACGUGUACCGCGGCUCGGUGGUGGAGAGCAGCAGUCCUGGUGAAGUCAUUGUCUCCAUGACGACUAAAGAUGCUGAUGUGUCCCUGGAGAACCGCCUAGUGACAUGUUACAUCACAGACGGAGACCCGCUGGGCCAGUUCGCCAUCAUCCAGCAGGAGGAGGGCGAAUGGGGUUUGAUCGUCAAGGAAACUCUGGACCGAGAGACUAAAGACAGAUACAUGCUGAAAGUCACCGCCACCGACGGGAAGUUCGAGACUCCCGUCACUGUGGACGUCCACGUGCUGGACAUCAAUGACAACAGUCCUCUGUGUGAACAGCUGGUGUAUACAGAGGCGGUGAUGGAGAACUCGCCCUCCAGCAUGUUCGUGCUGAAAGUUUCUGCCUCGGAUCCAGACGUGGGAGCUAAUGGCCAGAUCUCCUUCACCCUGCACGGUCCCGACGCAGACAAGUUCCAUCUCGACCACAGGACAGGUGAGCUGUUCACCCUGGCCGUGUUGGACCGUGAACGGGUGAUCGAGUACAACAUGGUGGCGAAGGCGACGGACGGCGGCGGACGUUCCUGUCAGGCUGACAUCCUCCUGAUGAUCCAGGACAUGAACGACAACCCGCCUCGCUUCUCCUCCAGCCACUACGAGGUCACCGUGUUCGACAACACCACGGUCCGGACGCCCAUCGCCGUCAUCUACGCCAAAGACCCGGACACAGGUAUAAACUCGGAGGUGAAGUAUUCCCUCCUGGCUGGAGACAGCGGUUAUUUCUCUCUGGAUGAAUUUUCGGGGAUCCUGCGCCUGGAGCGACCUCUGACCUCCGAAACCCCGCCGUCCUUCGAGCUGAAAGUGAAGGCCACCGACCGCGGCCUGCCUCGUCACCUCUACUCCGUCGCCACGGUGACGGUGGACGUGGUCUCCCUGGACGACUACCAGCCGGUCUUCCUGAGCUCGGAGUACACCGCCCAGCUCCCAGAAUCCACAGCGGUGGGGUCGGAGGUGCUGAGCGUCUCGGCCCUCACCAGAGACGGAGGAGGGCCGGAUGUUAUAACCUACCGCAUCAUCUCCGGCAACGAUGACGGACGCUUCCUGUUAGACUCACACACAGGCGCUCUGACCCUCAUCGCGCCGCUUGAUUUUGAGGUUUCCCAUGAGUACUACCUGUCUGUGGAGGGGAGUCGAGGCAAGUCGUCCCUCAGUGACAUCACCACGGUCCUCAUCAACGUGACGGACGUGAACGACAACGCGCCGGUGUUCGGACGGGGCGACUACAGAGCUGAGAUAUCCGAGGAUCUGUCACCUGGAGGCCUCGUGAUGAAGGUAACGGCCACUGAUCAGGACGGUCCUGUCAACAACCUGCUGCGUUACUCCAUAGUGAGCGGAGACGCUCUGCAGCAGUUCUCCAUCCAUCCUCGCAGCGGAGAGAUCUCUGUCCGCACUGCGCUGGACAGAGAGGAGAUCCCUCAUUACUCUCUGACGGUGCAGGCGGCAGAUGAAGGCGAUCCUCCGCUGUCGUCAGCCGUCCUCAUCACAGUCACCGUCACCGAUGUCAACGACAACCCGCCCGUCUUCUCUCAGAUCAACCACAGUCUGCUGCUGCAGGAGGGCGAGUCAGUCGGCAGCGGCUUCCUCCAGCUGGUGGUGACGGACAAGGACACGCUCAGGAACGGCCCGCCUUUCUCCUUCCACAUCGUCAGCGGCAACGAGGACCGCCGUUUCCACGUCGACCAGGGCGGCCUGCUGUCGCUCUCUGCUCCGCUGAGGAAGAGGGUCAAACCUCAUCAUCAGCUCAAAAUACAGGUGACAGACAGCGGCCAUCCUCCCCUCUCGUCCAUCUGCGUGGUCAACAUCAACGUCACUGAGCAGAGCAAGUAUCCUCCCUCUGUGGUUCCCCUGGAGGUCUUCAUCACCACUGCUGGUGGGCUGUUUGCAAACCGGGUCAUUGGCAAGCUCCACGCCUCAGACCAGGACCUGCAGGACGUCCUCACCUACAAGCUGGUGUCAGAAAACCCAGCUGGAGCGAGGUUCUCUGUUGACAUGGUUGAUGGUAAAAUCUGGGCAGAUGAAAACCUGGAGGAGGGUUCCUACUCGCUGAAUGUCAGUGUGACAGACGGGAAGUUCAGCGUCUGGACCGGGGUCAAAGUCCACGUGUGGGCGGCCACACAGAGGGCGCUGGACUCGGGUCUGACGCUGCAGCUGGUUGGGAUUUCACCGGAGGACUUUCUGGGUGAUCAUUGGAGAGGCCUCCAGCGCAGCCUGGGUCAGGAACUGGGUUUACCCAAGCAAGAGCUUCACCUGGCCAGCCUGCAGCAGGUACCCAACGCCCAGGUCCUGGAGGUCCUGCUAAUCUGGAGGCCUCAGAGCGGACUCGUCCAGCCUCUACCAACCAACAGGCUUGCAGGUAUCAUAGCAAACAUCGAGGACUCGUUGGGCCUGAACAUCCGCAGGGUGAGCCACAACGGUUGUCUGGGUCUCGGCUGUCCACCGCGAAGCUGCAGGAACGCCGUCCGCCUUACGGGAGAGAGACUGAGCCAUUUCACCACCGCCAGAGCGGGUUACAUCACCCCACAGCACAGCUGGGAGAGUGUCUGCCCCUGUAACGAGUCGGCAGUGAGGUUAGAUGGGAAGGGAUACCUGAAGUACCUUCACAGGAUGGACGAGGACAAUCAGGAUUUCAAGCUGUCACUGAGGUUCAAGACGUUCCAGAAAGAAGGCUUGAUUGUGUCCGCCAACGGCACUGACUGGGGAAACCUGCAGCUGAGUGGCGGAGAGCUGCAGUUCAGAUACAGCUGUGGAAACACGUCUCCUGGUUCGCUGCUGAUCAGAUCUGAAUCGGUGUCAGACGGCCAGUGGCACAACGUCCUGCUGGAGGUCAACUCCACCUCCCUGAGACUGACCCUGGACCAGCAUCACCCAGCCUCCAUCGCCUUGUCUGAGCCCUGUCGGGUGAUGCGAUCCCACGGCGCUUUGCUCUUCGCGUCUGUCGCUCAGGACUCCGUCGGCCACCCUGGUAAUUUCAUUGGUUGCCUGGAGCGCCUGGAGUUCAAUGGGGAGCCGAUCAGAGUGGGUGAUGCAUCGGAGUGGACGGGGCCGGGGAGCAGGAGGAUGUUUGGGGUGUAUCAAUGCUGUGGCACGGUGAGACCCUGCGACAACAACCCCUGUCAGAACGGAGGAGCCUGCGAGGAAGACGCCAGCGGAGAGUUGCGCUGCAGGUGUGCGGGACUCUUCCACGGCUCCCACUGCGAGCUGUCCGACAACCCGUGUGCCUCCCAACCGUGCGGCCACGGCAGGGUGUGUGUACCCAAAGCCCAGGGUUACAUGUGCAACUGCUCCCUGGAGAACGCUGAUGCACGGUGCCACAACCAGCUGGAGGUCAGUCUGUGUUUCCCCAAUCCCUGUCCUAACGGAUUUGACUGUAAAGUAUCUAAGGGCGUCUUCCACUGCGACCCGCUGCCUCAGGUUUCUCCUUUGUUUGGCUCCACGGAAAUCCUGCAGAUCAGUGCCAGUGUGCUGGGAUUACUCUUCCUGGUUGCCAUCUUUGUUUGCAUCAGGAAACGUUACGUUCAGCAUAAAAAGAAGAAGCCCGUCUGCGUCCAGGACUCCAACGGAUAUUUCCAGCCUAGUUUGGCCAAGAGCCUCAAACCCGACAACCAGGAAAUUAACCCCAUCGAGAUGAGCUCGCUGGUCGGUACCAACCACAACGACCUCGACCACACGCCGUUCAGAUCGCUUCGACCGCACAGCCAGAUCUGUUCGUCAGGAGGCGGGGUUUCCUUACCCAAGACGCAGGGGCCGGUUGUGUGCAGCGUGGCUCCGAACCUUCCGACCAGGCCACCGUCGAGCUCCGACAAUGACUCCAUCAGGAAGAACCACUGGGACAUGGACUAUGAAGUCUACCCAGCAGAUCCCGACUACUACGGCCGCCCGGCCAUCCAGGAGUUCCCGCAGUUUGACAUCGUAGAGGACACCUACUCCACCUCCACCAUGGAGUCGAGGAGGAACUCUCGAUUCGGCGGCUUCCCGUUCCCGCUGGACCGCUGCGACCGUCGCGCCCCGCUGCCGCCGUGCUACAGCAACCAGAACCUGGACGACUUCCUGGGUCCUGACGGGCUUCCUCUCCCCAGCUCCCAGUGCCCCAACGAGUACACAGCCAUCAGCUACUACCCCACCCAGCACGCCCGCAGCCUGGACAACGUCUCGGGAGGCUAUAAGAGACUCAGCAUGCGUCUGAGCGUUGCCAUGCCGUCUUACGCCGAGCAAACCAGCCCGACGCCGCCGACGACUAACACUGCUCAGCCUCAAACGCGACCGGCCGGGGGGCGAAACCCACGAAGCUACGACGGCUCCAGCAUGGUGGAGAGCGACUACGGAAGCUGCGAGGAGGUGAUGUUUUGAGACGAAUGUCGGGGUUUGAAGGCUAUAAAUUUGCGUCCCUGCCAGUAAUUAUUCACUUAAAGACUUUAUAAUAUGGGGCCAUAAAGACUGCGACACAUGCUACCCAUCCUCAACUCCUCCAAUGUAAGGCAGCUUCUCAGAUGGGACUUUGAAACUACUGAACAGCAGCUCCGCAGUGUCUCGCUGUGAGAUCUG